GAAACGUAUACAAUUGACCGGGACAGAGGGAGUAUAUUUUGUUCACAGGAAACAGUACGGAGCUUACUGUGAAGUUGAGUUAUGGCAUCAUCAGCUACACAAAAGGCGAAGCCCCUCGCCGCCGAUUCGAUCGCCGGCGAUCAGAUCCAGCUCAGCACCCGAACUUCAUUGGCUUCUGCUUUGAUUCGUCCUGUUGAUUCCAUCUCUCAACCUUCUUCUACUUCUACUUCCACCAAAGGAAUUGCAAGCCUGUUCAGGGCUCAAACUCGACAUCCGUUGGAGCCUUUAGCAGCGGCUGAGAUAUCAGUGGCUGUGGCAACUGUCAGGGCUGCUGGAGCAACUCCAGAGGUGAGAGAUAGUAUGCGGUUUGUGGAAGUGGCUCUCGUUGAACCAGAUAAGCAUGUGGUUGCAUUAGCAGAUGCUUAUUUUUUUCCUCCUUUUCAACCAUCAUUGCUGCCCAGGACGAAAGGUGGACCUGUACUUCCUACUAAACUUCCUCCAAGGCAAGCUAGACUUGUUGUUUACAACAAAAAAUCGAACGAGACAAGCAUAUGGAUUGUGGAAUUAUUGGAAGUUCAUGCUGUGACUAGAGGUGGCCAUCACAGAGGCAAAGUAAUUUCUUCCAAAGUUGUGCCUGAUGUACAGCCUCCUAUGGAUGCUAUGGAAUACGCUGAAUGUGAAGCCAUUGUAAAGGAAUUUCCUCCAUUUCAAGAGGCAAUGAAGAGAAGGGGUAUCGAGGACAUGGAUCUUGUGAUGGUAGACCCAUGGUGUGCUGGUUACCAUAGUGAAGCCGAUGCACCGAAUCGCAGACUUGCUAAGCCACUAAUCUUCUGUAGAACAGAAAGUGACUGCACAUUGGAAAAUGGCUAUGCACGCCCAGUUGAAGGAAUUCAUGUCUUAGUUGAUAUGCAGAACAUGAUUGUGGUAGAGUUUGUUGACCGUAAACUUAUUCCUCUACCACCAGCUGAUCCAUUGAGAAAUUAUGCUGCUGCUGAAUCAAGAGGAGGUGUUGAUAGAAGCGACGUGAAACCUCUAAAUAUCGUCCAGCCUGAAGGUCCAAGCUUCCGUGUCGAUGGCCACUUUGUCGAGUGGCAGAAGUGGAAUUUUCGUAUUGGAUUUACACCUAGAGAGGGUUUAGUGAUUUACUCUGUUGCAUACGUUGAUGGUAGCCGAGGCCGGAGACCUGUUGCUCAUAGAUUAAGUUUUGUUGAGAUGGUGGUUCCUUAUGGGGAUCCUAAUGAUCCACAUUAUAGGAAAAAUGCAUUCGAUGCGGGAGAGGAUGGGCUUGGCAAAAAUGCCCAUUCUCUUAAAAAGGGUUGCGAUUGUAUAGGAUUUAUCAAAUACUUCGAUGCACACUUCACAAAUUUCACUGGUGGCGUGGAAACUAUAGAAAACUGUGUUUGCCUGCAUGAAGAGGAUCACGGGAUCUUAUGGAAACACCAAGAUUGGAGAACCGGUUUAGCUGAAGUUCGCAGAUCAAGACGAUUAACUGUGUCUUUUAUUUGUACUGUGGCGAAUUAUGAGUAUGGUUUCUUCUGGCAUUUUUAUCAGGAUGGAAAGAUUGAAGCAGAGGUAAAGCUCACCGGAAUUCUCAGCCUAGGCGCCCUGCAACCAGGAGAAGUGCGUAAAUAUGGGACAACAAUAGCGCCUGGAUUAUAUGCACCGGUUCAUCAACACUUUUUUGUUGCUCGUAUGGAUAUGGCUGUAGAUUGUAAGCCUGGUGAAGCACAUAAUCAGGUUGUUGAGGUGAAUGUGAUUGUUGAAGAACCAGGUGAGAACAAUGUUCAUAAUAAUGCAUUUUACGCUGAGGAGAAAUUGCUGAAAUCAGAAGAAGAAGCAAUGCGUGAUUGUAAUUUUUUAUCUGCCCGACACUGGGUUAUCAGGAAUACCAGAACUGUCAAUCGGACUGGGCAGCUAACUGGUUACAAGUUACUACCAGGAUCCAACUGUUUGCCAUUAGCUGGUGCGGAGGCAAAAUUCUUGAGAAGAGCUGCUUUUCUGAAGCAUAACCUCUGGGUCACCCCUUAUUCACGCGAUGAGAUGUUUCCUGGUGGAGAGUUUCCGAAUCAGAAUCCACGUGUUGGUGAGGGAUUGGCUACUUGGGUUAAGCAAAACCGGUCCCUGGAAGAAACUGAUGUAGUUCUUUGGUAUGUAUUUGGAGUGACACAUGUGCCUCGUCUGGAAGACUGGCCUGUGAUGCCUGUGGAUCGCAUUGGUUUUAUGCUCCUGCCGCAUGGAUUCUUCAAUCGCUCACCAGCAGUUGAUGUGCCUCCAGCAAGCUCAAGUGACUCAGAUCUGAAAGACGACGUUCUAGUAGCAAAGGCAUGCCAUGAUGGCUUGAUCUCAAAGUUGUAAAUAAGAGUGUCCCAGACUCUAAGGUAAUUGCCUUUGUAAAAUAAUUAAACCCCGUGAAUAAAGUAGUCAACAUGUUGCUAUGCCCCGUGAAUAAGGUAGUUGAAUUAUAAUGUUGAAAUCUAAGAUACGUAUAGUGAUAAAUGUACUGGUCUUUGAGUCAACAUGUUGCUAAACCCCGUGAAUAAGGUAGUUGAAUUAACAUGUUGCAAUCCAAGAUACUUGUAGCAAUACUGUACUGGGAUUAGAGUUUCUUGCUGCAUAGAAAUGUGGCCAACAUCCUAUCGAUGAAGGGGCCUAUUCAUUAUCCUGGAAUAAACAAUUUAAAUAUAUCGUUCAUGCAUAUGUAAAAGAAACUUGUUUUUAAGCAUACUAAUUAUUCCCUUCUUUUUUUUC